UUUUUGAUGACUUCUAAAAGUAUAAAAACUUUUUGCGAAGUUUCAAAAAUAAGCGCCACCUACAGUGAAUAAGCCAAACGAAAGUCACUUAGUUUCCGCAUCCCGCCGCUAGAUGUCUACCAUUGACCCAGUUCUUGCUUCUCGUAAAAAUAGCGCCGUACAAUAGCUCAAACACUAUUUAUAACGCGUAUCUCUAAAAUCUGACUCCACAUGCUUAUCUCAAGCGGUACCAUCACUCCACGGAAUCAGCUGAACCGUACGCCUACCGCGCAACGCACGGUUUAUACCUAUAUCUAAAAAAAUAUAUGUAAAAUCGAUACGCGCUCAGUUGUUUUCUGUCCCACAGUAGUCCUCGCUAGCGUUAGCAUAUAGUAAACAAGGGAUCAUGCUUUAAAGAUGGAAGUUAAGAGAUACAUUAGGAGUGAAUCCGCGAGUUGUGCUCAUAUGGUCGAGGAAAGUGCAGCGAACAGUAGAAAGAGCGUUGAUCCACAUGAGAAGUUGAAAGCGUUAUUGAAUUCGCCUGAGGAUGACACGGAUGACAGCUUGCCUCCAUCUGACGCUCCUAAAUUCGGGACAGUUAUCCACAACAGGAUAUUCGUAGGAGGGUUCUCCUUGACGACGACAGAUGAGGACUUGUGGAAGUUUUUUUCUGGGUUCGCGACUGUGACAGCUGCGAGGGUCAUAUACGACAGAGCUGGAGUGUCCAAGUGUUAUGGCUUUGUGACAUUUGCUAGCCCGAGGGUCGCGCGGCUGAUCGUCAAACAGAGUGGAGGUGUUAUGUUCUCACCGCUGGGCCGUUUGCGAGUGGCACAGGCGGUCAGAAAACAGAUGAGCCAACUGCCAGUCCUAGGCUCCGAGGCGGCGCCGCUCCCCGCCCCCCUCUGCUACCAGUUGCUGUGCGCGCCCCCGCUGGCGCCCUUACCUGCGUGCGCGCCCUGUGAGCUGCCCCCACCACCGUACGCUAUGUACCCACUGCCUUUUGACAGUACGUACAUCAUUGACAGACAAGCAACCCCAGCGCUCUAUGCCCCACCAACGCAGUACACUUUAGUACCAGCUCCAUACUCCGCCUGCUGCGAGCCCUCAUGCUGCGCCCCCCUUGACAAGCAGCCCCGCGUGCCGCCACCCCCUCUCCACCCUGCAUAUAUUUACUGAACUAUUCGCUGAGGGGUUUGCGAUGGACUAGAUGCUAUCCAGAAUUUCGUUCAUUUGCGAUAUGAUUCAGUACAUUUCUGAGCAUUUUUUUAAAAGUAUCAGCUCUGAUGACUAGAUGCUGUUGUCAAGUUUUUUCUUGAUAUCUUAUUGUAUGAUGCCUUUAUCAUAUUUUUUGGAAUAUCUAUGAAAGGUUAAUUUCAGCUAAAACUAAGUUGUCGAUAGAAAUGAACCAUCUCCAACACGUACCUAAAGGAUAACAAUAGAAGGUUUUAAUAAAGUAAUAGUUAAUGUUAUUUCAAGAAUGGACAAAGAUAUAUUUUGUAAAUUGUUGACUAGUUUGAUAAUACACCACAUUUGGCAUUUUGUAGACGAAAGAGUUCAAGCGAGCAAAAUGGAAUUUGAGGAUAGUAUUGAUGCUGGAAAUUUUUAUAAAGAGUAAAGGGAAACCACGAUAUGCGAAAUUAAUUGUCACACAUUAUAAAGGCUUUCUAGGGCAUGAAAUAUUGGUUACUUUUCUUUGUAAAGCAGCAUCUAGUACAUCAGUCCCGUCGCAAAUCUUCCUCAUUUCGUUAUUUUGUGAUUUUCCCACCGGACUAAAAGCUAAAUUCAGAUCAUUUAUUUCGAACCGUUCAUUUAAUCAAGUCUUCCAAACAUCACCAUGCUCAAGGCAACUGUUUCUUACAUUAUUUUCUUUUCUUAAGAAUGUGUGAUGGAUUUCAUUGUUGACAAUGAAAGAAAGAAAGAAAAGUCAUUUAUUCGAUAAAGCACACAUACACAGGACAAAAAGAUGAAAGGCAAAGAAAAAGAAAAGGAUAACAACAACAGCACACAAAAUUAUAUACACACAGAUAGAAAAAUAAAUUACACUUUUGAGUUCACCCAAUGUGUGCAGUAAGGAAAAGGCUUUGACUCAAUAUUUUUACGCAAAGUGAGACAAAAUUGAAACGCUGUUAUUCUUCCAAGGCCUGAGGGAGUGACUUAAUAUAAACAAUGAAAGUUAGGAACGACUACGUGAUGCAAGAAGUGUUCAAUUAGAUUUUUGUCUAAUCAGGUGUGUUGUUUUUGAAGAGUUUUGUCUUAGGGCGUCUAUCUCUUACUUACAUUGGUAACAAUGUAGUUAGCUUCAGUUAGAUUUAAGAGUGAACAGGUUUCACGUGCUAUCAUUAUUAUUAUACGUCUAUAGAUGCAUCAAAUCGUAUGCUUUAGUUGGUUGACAAGAGAUUUAGGUACAAAUAGUGAAACUAUAAUCAAAUCACCACAAUAACACACUUGUGUAUUUGUUAAACAUUGAUGCUCGGAUGUGUUUUACCUACAGCAUCAUAAUUGAUAUUAUGUUGAACAGUUUUAUUUCUUUAAGUUUAAAUUUAUGAUGAUGUAGGUACUUGUAACUAGAACAUGUGCGAGGAAUUUUUCAAAACUUCUGUCUUGGUGUUGUGGCUUACAUGUUGCUAUUGAAAAAAAAAAGAUUUGUCAUGGAAAUACAUUAAUUUAUAAAAAAAAUUGUUCGAUCAAUCGAAAAGAUUUGUCCAAUGGAUCUUUCCUAAAGUGGUUUGAAACAUCUAUAGAAAUAUUCAUAAGCGUAAGAAUGUGCGUGAUAAGCACAACGAAUUAAAGCACAAAGAUAAGUUGCUAGUAUAGAAGACAUUACCUCUAAAAGACAGAUUUGUUACUGCUUGUUAUCCUUUAAAAGGAGUUUUGUUUACCCUAGUAUAAGAUUGUUUUCGGAUUCCCAUACCUAGAACAGAGAGAAAUAUUUUUUAAAUAUUUAGUUUUUAAUGUUACUGUUGAAACAAGUCUGGGGUCCAAAAUGUGAUAAGGGACUAUCGAUUUUAGAUUACCAAUGAAUACCGACAUGAAUUUAUAAAUUUUAAAACUAUAAUGACCCACGUGGUGAUUCUAAAGUCAAUAAUCCUUUACCCAAUGUUUUAAUUGUGUUGGAAAAUUUUAGGCAUAUUAUUGAUAAUAAUCCUGCAAUAACUAAUGAUAAUGUUAUAGGCGAAAUGCCCGCACACAUUUUGAUAAAAAACAAGUUGAUAAUAACGUAGAAAAAGGGGCAAUGUUCUCUGGUACUGAGAAUUCAUAGCACGGUGAUGUUUUUCACAAGCUUGCAAGCAUGCUGGCAGUAGAUUUGGAUCAUCGUGUUAAAGAUUCUAAAGACCAUUUUUUAAUUGUUAAGUUUAAACCUAUUAAAAGACAAUCAAUAAAGCAUGAAGAAUGUGAUAAUGGGAUCUUUGUAGCCAUAGUUGUGUUUCUUAUAGAUUUAUAGAAUAUCCAAUUUACUAAAAUCUAAAAUUUAUUUGUUGCAAGGAUAAUAGGACCAAGUAUCCGAACUUUCAUGUUGCUUUUGAAUGGGAAUAAUAAUAAAAAUCUAUACGUAACGUUGUACGUGAAUGUUAAUCAUUUGGAUGUUGUAUUUUCUCACUAUUUAACAGCUGUCGUCAUUUGGCAUAUUUGGUAAAAUGUAGUAGGUAAUCCAUCAGAAACAGAUAAAGUGAUUGUUAAAAAUGUUAAAAAAGCUCAAUAACGAAAAGUCGAAAUGUUCUUUAAAAAUCAAGAAAAUGAGAGUCAUAAUGAUCCAGAAGAAUAACGAAGAGGUUAAAAAUGAGUAUUAUGAAAAAUUGUUUGUUGAAAAUAAUUAAAAGAGUAUAAACACUAGUUUUGAGACAUUAUAGUAAUAAAAGCUAGGUCACCAAAGUAUGUCAAAUGACCAGCCUUAGUUGUAAGGCUUUAUCUCAAUUACUAUAUUAUGAUACCUCGACAUCAUAUACGACUAGUGUAACCAAAAAUGCUGUCAAUUUAUCAUCUUUUUACGAACUAUUACUGUUAGCUAUAAGUUUAGAAUAAUUGCAAAGCUUCACUGCUCAAAGCGUACUUUUUGACUCGGCUUGUGAAUUAUGUUCCUUUAAAUUUACUUUAUCGUCUCCUAUUAAUUUUAUCAACAUCAUGUGUCAAACAUAAUUCGGGGUGUUUUUAUUAUUUUCCAUAUUCGAGUUGUUGUUUGGCACAAAGGUGAUGAUGAUUUACAGUGGUUUACUCAUGUACAAGAAUUUUUAAAUCUAUCAUAGUAUAUUUAAAUAUCUCUAUCACUAUCAAUGCUUGUACCAACCUUACGUGGCCUAGUGUCUUUACUGCCUAACAUAUCGAAAGUAAUAAAUCAGUAUGCUAUAGUUAUUUAUUUUAUAUAACUUGUAUAUAAUCUCUCGCUAGAUCGUAUAGGUGUGAAAUUAAACGAUGUAAUUUAGACAAUAUUAAUGUAAUCGAAUAGGUUAUUUAAUAUAACUAAGUGUAUUCGAUAUCUGUGAGUGUAAGUCAUGUCUUAAGUAAAUUGGCUUGUAAUGUUGUGAUUUUAAGAUCAAAUUCACUAACUUUUAACUCUAGUUAAUAGUAAUUUAGGUGUCAUGUUGAUUUGUAAGUAUUAUAAAUAUUUGUAGUUAUAUAUGAUCUAGAUUCCAGUGUAGGUGUAUUGACUUGUAUGUAGCGUGUAAUAGCUUGCCUCAGGUAGCGGAUGCUAUCAAUUACUUCACGAAUCAUUUUAUUAUAAACCUUCCGUCCUGAAUUCUAUUCGUUCUUAUCAGUUGUAUCUGCCAUUUGACUAAAAACGAAAUCUAAUUAUUAUAUUUAAAUUAAUUCUUUAUCUCCAUUUCACUUAAUCGAUUUUAAUUUUUAAUUGUUUUUAUUUACAAAUAUCUUAACAACGAAAUCUUUUAUAAUAACUUUACCCUCACCAACUUCAACAACUAUUUGUUCAGUACCUGUAUUUUCAUCAUCUACGGUUUUAAUAUCUUCUACAAUGUUUGCUGCAAUUGUACUAACUUUUGUUUAAUUGUUAAUCUCUUGGCAAAUCCGUCUCCUUCAUAGUUGUAAAGUACAGGGACGAUGACAAUACAGUUGCGAUCGGUGUGAUUGUGUUGUAUCUCAGGAUGCCAGGAUAAAUACAUUUCACGUUUGUUAUAAAAUUGAAAGUUGUUGCAGGCUGUCAGCGAGGAAAAUUAAAUAUUACAUUUAAAUUAUAUCGUCAUAUUACAUUUAUUUAUUAUUUACUUUGCAUUUUUUAUUAAUUUGUUAUGAACUGCAGAAUGACUAAUGAUUCAAGGUAUAUUUUGGAAAAUAUAAAUAUCCUUUUACCAACUUCAAUCUUUCUAUUUUUGGUGAAAUACACGCAAUAAGAACAGUGUCAUUAAUUCUAUGUAUAUUUAUCUGAAAAGUCUUCAACGUUAAAAACCAAAAGUGUUUCUGUUAUCCAGGUCAAGAUUAUUUAGGGCAUACUGAAAAUUCCUGGACUGGAUAAGUCGUUUCAUAUAUCAGAAUCCAGAAAAAUUCAAUAUAGCCCACGUAUCAUGAUUCGUCAUCGUAUUUAUCAUAUUGGAAUUGUUUUACAUACGCGUCCUAUAAUUCUUUUUUUAUAGAAGUUUUAUUUGAUUUUCCCGCUGAAAUUACUACGCGAUUGCAAAAUUAAGAUGAAGAUUUGACUGAAAUCUUGUAUUCGAAAGGAAAUUUCCUGUUUUCCCCUUGUUGAUCAUCUGUGUUGUCGUGAAGUAGGUCUUUAAUGACGGAAUAGAAUAAUAUAGAAUUUAGAAAUCUUUGCUGCUAUAAGAAUGAAUGAUACCAGUGUAUACUUAGUUUUGCACAUACGUAAACUAAGAUAAUAUCAUUCGUCUAAGGAAAAAGUCCAAAAAUUCUUAAAUUUUGGAAUUUGGUUGACAUGUUCAUGUUUGCAUGUUGUGCACCCUCGGAAUACCCAACUGGCGCGAAGUGGCGUAGAAUAGGGCAGAGUGGCGCUCUCUUGUGUCAGAGGCCAAGAUCCUUUUUGGGUCACUGAGCCAGUGAUGUGUGUAUGUAUGUAUGUUCUUUGCCAAUUUGUGGAUAGUAUAUGCUGUUUGUUUUAAGUGAGGUUAUGAUUUUAAUAUUAAACCAACAAAUUUAAAUGUAACUAGCAUUCGGGUAUCUAACAGGAAUAUACAUUUUGUGGAAUUUACCCUUUAGACUUUACAUUUUACUCAUUUGUAAAAAAAACAUUUAGAUUCAUAAUUAAGGCUGCAUUUCAGCACUUAUCUAUACGUCAUCCGAAUUUUCCUUGAACAGGUAAAUAAUUAUGUAUAUUGCUUGCUUUAUUAGUAACCUGCAAAACUUUCAUUAAGAAUUAAAAAUUUUGACCGAAUUUUAAAUAUUCGCAAUCAUAAUCUCACUGCUUUCCAAACACAUUUUGGAAACCUUUACAAGUUAAUGUAAGUUAUGUAGACCGAUAAUUGUUUUUCGUCAUAAUACCUUUAGAUGUACUGUUCAAAAUAAGUAUGUCAGAUUCUAGAAAUAAUGAACAGCAGGUUUCGGACAUCUUAAACUUUUUGGAAAAUGAAUUUAAAUUUAAUAUUACAUGUUUUGAAAAUCAUACACCAUAUUGCAAUAAUUCUCUUCUACAAAUAAAUAAAUGAUAAAUAACUAUAUAUUUUUGUUGAUUUUUUAAAAAUUAUAUUAGUAUCAUUUGCCAAUGAUAUAAUUUGGUGUAUUGUAUUUUUCUUUUAAUACUUUUUUUGUUCCAUAUUCGUUGAAAACUCAAAUUAAAAAUACAUAUUUUACUCUGACAUUAAAAAUACAGGAAAAAAUAAGGAAAAUACCUACAGUAAUUACUGGUAGUAUCUGACAACUUUCAUGCUUGCCAAAACUAGCAGCGACUAGCAGUUGGCGUCACCAAUGUCAAAUCCUAUUGUCACAAAGUUUUACAGACCACUAUACGGCUACCAUCAGUUUGGCAUUGACAUAAAUGCUAUCGUGAACGUGAUUUACUUUCUAUAUAUCUCUUUCGCACUAAUAUUAGUGCGCUCGUACUGACAUACGUCAGUACGAGCGAGAUGCAUAGAAAGUAAAUUACGUUCACUAUAGCGUUUAUGUCAAUGCCAAACUGAUGGUAGCCGUACUAGUGACAAAAAUAAGUCAUUAAAAGCGUUAUAUGAUAGUGUAUGUGUGAAUGAAAUAGUAUUCUUCGUAGAAAUUCGUAAAAACAGGUCUAAUUUUGUAGAUUAAUUUAGUAGUCUUCCACAAAUAUUGAAAUAAUAAAUGAAAAUAUUUUGACGUUCUGAGCUGGUACUGAAGUAAACACUUUCGAUUGUAUUGUAUAAAUAAUGAAAAAUUUAAAAAAAAAACAUUUUUUAUCGUUUUCUUUACUACUAUAAAAGGAUAAAAAACAUCACAACAAAAAAAUCAAGAACUAAGAUUAUUUAUUAACCACAAGAAAUUGCAUUAAUGCCUUUGAUAAUAAUUAUUCCUUAUUAAGUAAUUAUAUAAAAACUCAGUAUAAUUCAUUACCAACUCAACGGAAUUUAUAAUGAUGUUAAUUUGUUCCGUGUUAGUGUAUUUUUUGCUAAAUUAUAUUCAUUUGUUACACAUUAAACUAAAAAAAAAGUUACUGAAGUGAUUAUUUUCUGUGUGAUAGUUAUAAAAUUAUAGCAAUACAUAAUUUAAUUGUUGACUACUUAUAAGAUCCAUUCGCUACGCCAAGCUUCAGACCAUUAGUUACUAAAGUAUAAACACAACACAGUAUCGAUCCUUCUAAUAAUGUAGUCUACAUAAUUUAUUAUUACUAUAUGAGAUUAAGUACGUGAUUAUUAAUGAUAAAGUAAGAUUAUUAUCCCAUGAGAUUUAUUAUUUAUUAAUUCAACUAAUAUUGUGCAUACCUACAUAAAUUUUCUCUGAACAAAAUUAAUAAUAAUCGGUUGUGUCAAUUGUGCAAUAAAUUGGCAUGAAACAUAAAACGACACAAAAAAUAAAGUUGCUCAAACAACGAUAAUUUUUUUUUCAACGUUACUAAAAAUAUCAAAAAAUACCGAAUUAUAUUAAAAUACUUUUCUCGUAACAAUAUAUCACAUUUUCUACCGCAUUAUAUUAAUUACACUAAAUCACGUGGCACAAAUAUAUGCGGUGAUAAAGAUUACAAACAAACAAGAAAAGCCUGCAACAUUUUUUGAUAGCAUACGCAGUGCAAGCGUUAUUUGUACGUCAUAAUUUCAAAGAAGUUUGACGUUUAAAUGCGCGUGCUAUCAGAAUUGUUGUAGGUAGUCUUCUAACUCUAAAAUUUGACCUUGGUUAUUACUUAUUAGAUCAAAAAUUAUAUUUGAUAAAUCAUUGCUGUGUUUCGCUACGCACGUAAAAUAAGACUAGCAAUAAGACACGUAUAAUUAGAAAUAAGAUGUAGACGGCAAGGAAGAAAAGUAUUUUUGUCUUUAUAUAUAGGCAGAACGUAUUGGAAUGUAACUUACACCAUUUGCAUCAUCGAAUGUUCUUGUUGAUUGUUAUAAUGAUUGUCUAGUAAUUAAUGUAUGUGAUAUUGUUAUUGGAAUAAUAGAUAUUUUAAAUGCUAAUAAUUAUUAUAAAUCUAUUAUCCUUCUUGUUGACUUUUGUGUGUUAUAGCGUAAGUCUCUUAAGUAUUUAACUUAAGAAUAUAAUGUAAUAAUGGAUAUCGAAUAGUUAUAUAAAAGUCUUUGCGUAUAUGAAAUAUUUAAUGCUUUAGAUAUUUUUAUUCCCUUAAGUAUAUGAUUUAACUUUUCACAGGCUCUAGAAUAUGCAUUAUAAUCGGUGUAAAAUUUUUGUAAUUUUGAAAAUUUUAAAUUUAUCAUGUAUUUUGGUGUCACUGAAAACUGCGAUAAUUCUUUAAAAAAGUAAAAACUGCCACUUCUUUUAGGUAUUUUAGUAGAAAAAUUAAUAUGUACAUCUAGGGUCAUAUAAGCAUAUACCUGUCAUGCCUUUAAUAUUCUCUCAAUAGACAAUACGCUGAUAUAGUAUACAAAUUAUAUAUUUAUAUUAGUUAUUUAUUCCAGUCAGAUAUAUAAAUUACUUAUAAGUACAAAAAAAACGUCUUCUUAAUUGGUGUCAUUAAAAUUAAUAAAAGAUAAAAAUGUCCCAAAAUGACACUAAAUACGCCACACCUGUCAUAUAUGUAUGCAUGUCACACUGUCUUGUGUAAUAUUUCUUCCUAUUAGUGAAUAUUAAAAUCUAUUAAAAGGAAAUAAAAAUAUAUAUUAGCUUCA